AUGGCCGUCCCUGAGAUGCAAUGGGCGCAAGUCAUCGAAAAGACCGGUGGCCCCGUCGAGUACAAGCAGAUUCCAGUCCAGAAGCCAGGGCCAGAUGAGAUCCUCGUCAACAUCAAGUACUCUGGUGUCUGCCAUACCGAUCUCCACGCCGUGAAUGGAGAUUGGCCGCUACCGACGAAGCUCCCCCUUGUUGGCGGUCAUGAGGGUGCCGGCGUCGUCGUCGCGAAGGGCAGCCUUGUCCAGGACUGGGAGCUGUAAGCAGACAUGAGCGUGCGGGUGGUGGCCCAGAAGCUGAUCUCGACCUAGUGGUGACCACGCUGGUGUCAAAUGGAUCAACGGAUCCUGCUUGCAGUGUGACUUCUGUCAAACUUCUGACGAGCCACUAUGCGCAAAGGCGCUCCUCUCCGGCUACACCGUCGACGGCUCGUUCCAGCAAUACUGCAUAGCCAAGGCGGCACACGCCGCUCGCAUUCCCAAGGAUGUGCCACUCGACGCCAUUUCUCCAGUCCUGUGCGCAGGUAUCACGGUCUACAAGGGAUUGAAGGAGUCUGGCGCUAAGCCAGGCCAGACCGUCGCCAUCGUUGGUGCCGGUGGUGGUCUUGGUUCGCUCGCUCAGCAGUACGCCCGUGCGAUGGGUCUUCGCACCAUCGCAAUUGACAGUGGUGAGGAGAAGAAGAAGAUGUGCUUGGAGCAGCUUGGCUCGUACGCCUUCGUGGACUUCGCCACCAGCCAGAACGUCGUGAAGGAUGUCCAGGCCGCUACAGAAGACGGCAUGGGUCCACACGCCGUCAUCCUCGUCGCCGUCAACGAGAAGCCCUUCCAGCAGGCCGCUGAGGUGAGUUCACAGUGACCGCGUCUAAGAUGAAUGCUGACCAGUAAUAGUACGUUCGCCCACGCGGAACAGUCGUCUGCAUUGGUCUGCCAGCCGGCGCCUUCCUCAAGGCUCCAGUCUUCGAGUCUGUGAUCAAGAUGGUGACGAUUAAAGGUUCCUACGUCGGAAACCGUAAGGACUCAUCGGAGGCGAUUGAGUUCUACCGCCGCGGCGUCAUCAAGGCACCUUUCAAGGUCGUCGGCCUGUCCGAGCUGCAGGGCGUGUACGACUUGAUGCACAAGGGCCAGAUCGCUGGUCGAUACGUGCUUGACACGUCCAAGUAG